UUACCUGCUGGUACGGUGCGAUGAUUCCGGACCCGAUAAGUAUCGAAAAGUGCCCACCGGAAUACGAUUCGUUCCGGGAUGAAGAGUUAGAUGGCCAGCUGAGGGCCAAAGCCAAAGCGGAACUGCGCGAAGAUGCCGGAAGUCGGGAUGCGGCCUUAGCUCAGAUACGCGAGUUUAUUGCCAAACAUCCGCAGAUCGUGCGCUGUCGAACGGAUGUCAUGUUUUUGUUGCGAUUUCUGCGGAUGAGAAAGUUCAAUGUUGUGGAGGCGUGUAAUUUUUUGGAGCUUGGAUUGACGGCCAUCGCCAAGCAUCCGGAGUGCUUCCAAGUGCGGGACUCGGUUGAAGAAAUGAAUCGAUUCAUUAGGGCUGGGGUGAUUGUCCCAUUGGGAUACAACCGGGAUGAUCAGCUGGUGGUUCUCUAUCGGGUGGCCGCCGUUGAUACCAGCUGGAUGACCCCGGCGCAAAUUAUCAAGUAUGCCUACGUAACGGUUCAGGUGCUGGGCGAGGAUAAUCGAUUCCAAAUCGGUGGUGUGGAGUUGAUUUUUGAUAUCGGGGGAACCAGUAUGGCAUAUGUGGGGAUGUGGAAGCUGUCGGAUCUGAAUCUGCUGUUUGUGUCAGCUGACACGGCGUUGCCGGCAAGGAUCAAAAAAGUUCAUGUGGCUCCUAUGGUUCCCUUGGCAGUGAUGUUUAGCAAUCUUUGUAUGGGCAUCAUUAGUACCAAAAUGAGAGAACGAGUUGUUUGUUGGGAUAGGUCGGAUUUCGCCAAGGCUGUCGAAGAGUUUACACCAACCAAGGUAAAGGGAACCUGUGCUCAACAGUAA